AUGAGCUCCGACACGCCUUUCCUCGCGACGAUGGAUCGCGGCUGCGAGCAGUUUGUGUUCCGCGCCUUGGCGCUGCACGGAUGGAUGCGCAUCGGAUACGCCGUCGUCAUGAUGCUCAACCGCUCCUCGGCGUGGCACGCGGCCAUUCCGUGGCUCGUGCGCUUCGUUUUGCCCGCCGACGCCAUCAGCAUCCGGGGCCAGGCGCAAAUCCACGAGUUCAUCAAGAAGCUCGACAAGCCGUGCUUGUUCUGGGCGCGACGGCUCGGGACCUACUCGUCGACGAACGAUUCGGACCGCAUCGACCUCAUGGCCGACCUCUUCCGGCUCGAGGCGUUUGUUGCGUCCCGGGAUCCAUUCCCCGAUGUUUGGCUCAGCUCCAAGCUCUCCGCGGUGCUUGCAUUUUAG